GUGGCGCGGCAGUGACGCCAUCGCGGCGCGCGGCGGAGGCGGGAGCGGGCGGCAGUCAAUGGCCGCGGCGGAGCCGGCGGCGCGGAAGCGGCGGCCCAAGGGGCACUUCGCGGCGGCGGGACGGGCCAAGCGGCCCCGCGGCGGCGGGCGGCAGCUGGAGGCCGGCAUGCGCGGCAUCCUCAUCACCUGCAACAUGAACGAGCGCAAGUGCGUGGGGGAGGCCUACAGCCUGCUCGGCGAGUACGGGGACCUGCUCUACGGGCCCGAACAGUUUUCAGAUCACGAGGAGCGGCUGUCCGGAAGCGAGAGGGAGGAGGAUGAGGAUGAUGUUGAGGCUGCCCUGAAGAAGGAGGUUGGCCAGAUCCGCACCUCGACGGAGCAGAAGCUGCGGCGGUUCCAGUCAGUGGAGAGCGGCGCCAACAACGUGGUCUUCAUCAGAACCCGGGGCAUAGAACCGGAGAACCUGGUGCACCAUAUACUAAAGGACAUGCAUGCCACUAAAAAGAAGAAGACAAGAGUCAUUCUGCGCAUGCUGCCCAUUUCUGGAACUUGCAAGGCUUUUAUGGAGGAUAUGAAAAAAUACGCGGAGACAUUUUUUGAGCCUUGGUUUAAAGCCCCUAAUAAGGGUACUUUUCAGAUUGUUUACAAAGCUCGUAAUAACAGUCAUAUGAGUAGGGAAGAAGUAAUUAAGGAAUUGGCAGGAAUUGUGGGCAGCCUCAAUCCAGAAAACAAAGUCGAUCUUAAUAACCCACAAUAUACAAUUGUGGUGGAAAUAAUAAAAAACGUCUGUUGCUUGAGUGUGGUGAGAGACUAUAUUCUGUUCAGAAAAUACAAUCUCCAGGAGGUGGUGAAGAGCAACAAAGACACACAACAAAACCCAUCAACUCUGACAGAAGACCAGAGCUCGAAGGUAGUAAAACCAGAAACUGAGGAGGAGGACAAAAGCUCAGAAGAAGUAAAACAAGAGAACGAGAAUCACAGUGAAACAGAAGCUGAGUCCAAGGGGAAUGAUGUGCUGACAGUGUAGAAAAUGUGGUAGAAGGAGAAGAAAACACAAUUGAAACCCAAUAAAGUUGCCCUAGAGUUCUGAAAGGGAAUUUUGAAGAGGAGAGUGGGUUUUGUUUUGAAAUCUUGUUUUUAAAAUCCACCUAUAAGAAUUUUAAUGCUUGUUGCAGGUGGAGCUGACAUUACAGCAGAUAAAAGAGUGCUCAAGAGUGCGUCACCUUUCUGCUGAAACUUGCUGCUGUUCUAGGGCUCUGUUCUGCAUUGCCUUUGCCCAGCACAGAAAGCAGUAUGCAUGCAUACGUAAAUGUGGCCAUCCCAAGGUAUAUGGACUCUCCUGUGUUAUCUGGUGGCUACAGAAAUCAAAAGGCAGUGCAGAAUCAGCUCUGUCAGGAAGUAUUGACAGAAGCAAGAGAUCUGAAAAAGAGGGUUGCUUGCAGAGGGUUUUUAACAAGGCGAUCUGACAACUGGUGUGACUGCAGAACUCAUACAUUUUUCUGUGUGAACAACAGAAUGAGCUAAAACUGAUCAUUUCCUGUAUGAUGAAGUGUUACAGAUAUAUAUACACAUAUAUAUACACAUACGCAUAGCUCUACAAGGAUAUGCCAAGUCUUGAAGGGGAAGAACUGUUGUAUCAAAAUACUUGAAUAUUAUGAGGUGAUGCAGAGUAAUAGAUUUGAUCAUUGUAGAACUGUAGAAGUACAAUGCAGGCAUUGCAGAUGGUCAUAGCAAAACCUACAUGUGUGUUUACAUGAGCUGUGCAUACAGCAGUUGUUGGUUUCUAGGAAAUGCAGUAGUCACCGAACAGAACCCUUUUUAAUAAUUUCCUGCAAAUCAAUAGCCUUUUGCUGCUCUUUUCAAAGGCUUAAUCGUGGGGGGGGGUAUAUAAAGUCUUUUUUUUUUUUAGAUCUCACAAUUUGAAUUUAAAUACUGUUUGGAAACUUCUUAUGAAAGAAGCUCUCCAUUAUAUAAUACUGGAUAUGGGGAAUUAAGUUUAAUAUUUGGUACAAAUUUAGCUUUACAGUAAUAAUUUUGUUUCAGAUUGAAAGUAAUGAUAGUGAGUUUUCCUGUUGUCUGUCUGUUACAGCAGCUUUUUUAAUAUCCCAGUGGCUUUUAAAAAACAACCAAAACCAGUGCAGCUAUAACCUGCUUUCCAGUAGGGUUUUGAAUAUGCUUCCUGUACAACUGAUAAGCUUUAGUUAUUUCACUUUUAGCAUAAAAGCCUGUGGGUUGCUAAAGGGAAAAGACUCAUCUUGAAGAACACUUGUUACUUGGUUUAGUGAAAAGCAUGUGUCCAAGUCUCUCAACAGUGUUUGAUUUAUACUUUCCUCUUCUCUCAAAAUUGUUCUAGAAUUUGGAAAAUUAAGAUGACUCUUCCCCCAGUCCUGUCUCCCUUACCACCCAUUUAUUAAAACUCUGCUUUCUUA